AUGGGUCCUCGUUUCAAUCGAAACGCCAAGUCUAAAUGUAAGAAAAACAGAGCUAUGAAUUUUAAAGCUCGAAAAAUUAGAGAACACAAGAAUAAAGUACUAAUAGCUCGAGAUCAUGUGUUUAAUCUCACACCUGACAGAUUGUCAGAUGAGGAGUAUUUACUUUUGGCAAAAGGUCUAAAAUUUGUACCUUCAUCUAUCUCACACCAAGUCAAACAACAAGUAAUGAGAGAUUUUAAUGAAUUUGCCAGAAAAUUAAAAUGUAAAUACAUGUUUCAUGACCCAGAUAGUGACAACAAUAUACAUCCUUUCCGCAUGAAAAGCGGUUUUGAACCUGAAAUUAUGAACAAUUCAGUUCAAACAUAUAUUGACAAUACAAGACUUGAAUUGUCAUCUAUGGAAGUUCGCAAAUCAACUGACAAUUUAAGCAUAUCUGAACGCCAAGCACGAAGAAGGCUAAAAGGUCGUAAAGACAUCAUCAUCAAAAAAGCUGACAAAAACAACAUGUGCGUCGUAAUUAAAAAAACUGAUUACAUCCUUAAAGGUGAACGUCAGUUAAAUAGCAAAUACUUCUGCAAAAUUACUAAUCCCAAUCUAAAUCAUCUCGAAAAUAUUAUCACACAAAAAUUGUCUGAGAUGAACACUAAGGGUGUACUUGACAAUAUUAUCUAUGACUUUCUACGGAAAGCUAAAGACACGAGGAUAGGGAGAUUAUAUUUGCUCCCUAAAAUACACAAGCUCAAUAUUGAGACUUUUAAUGAGAUUAAAAACAAUGGUAGCUGGAAUUCACCAAUUAUUCCACCAGGUCGACCUAUUAUCUCACAAAUAGGUUCACCUACAGAACGCAUAAGCCAGUAUGUAGAUUACUUUCUGGCUCCCGUCGUGCAAACACUAAGCACGUAUAUCAGGGACAGUUCAGACUUCAUUCUAAAAGUUGAACAACUUAGACCACACGCUAAGUGCCUACGGGUCAGUUAUGAUGUAACAUCGCUCUACACCAAUAUGCAUUUCGAGGAGCUAAUUACGGCUGUUCAAAUGGCCUAUACAAACUUCAACAAAGCAGAAUGUAUAAUACCCGCUCCACCUACAACUGAUCUUUGUUUUCUUCUUCGACUUGUACUAGAAAACAAUAUAUUUGAAUUCAACUCUGCUUUGUAUAAACAAACAAUAGGAUGUGCGAUGGGUUCUAAGUGUUCCCCAUCUGUGUGCGACAUACGCCUACACCAAAUUACUGAUGAAAUCAUCGAUAAAUUUACAGGGAAAAAUAAAAUAAUAUAUCAUGGUCGCUAUCGCGACGACGGAUUCAUCAUUUUUCAUGGAUUAGAAACUUACAUCCAUGAGCUAUUUGAAAUAGCUAAUUCACAACAUCCUCUGCUCAAAUUCACAUAUGAAAUUUCUACACAAGAAAUCAAUUUCUUAGACACCACAGUGUUCAAAGGAAAGAGAUAUAAAACCAGUCAAAUUCUGGAUUUUAAAACCUACAUUAAACCAACAAAUACAUUCCAAUAUUUGGAACGCAACAGUGCACAUAAUUCCUCUGUUUUUAAAGGAUUUAGCAAAGGUGAAACAAUACGCCAUAUGAGAAAUACAAGCAAUAAAAUCACCUUGCUUAAAAUUCUGCCUGAGUUUGAGGUUAAUCUCUUAAAGAGAGGAUAUGAUAAAAUUGAAAUCAAAUCUAACAUGCAAAAUGUACUCGCUAAUUAUAGCAGAGAAAAAACCCUGCAAAGUAAAAGUAGCAUCAGGAAAAGAGGAAUUCCUCUUGUUUUUGUCACAAAGUACAACCCCUGUAUACGACAUUCAAAAAGAAAACUGAUAAAAUAUUGGCAUAUCCUUGCAAAGGAUGAAGACUGUCAAAAAGUCUUCUCUGAAUUAUCUAUUGGGUCCUACAAACGCAAGAAAAACCUGGGUUACAUUCUCACCUCCUCAACAUUUAAAUAA